AUGGACAUAUCCAUAGAAGAAAUCAACACUCGGUACCGAGACCCGGUGACCAAAGCCGCGGGCCAAGUCCCGGAGAACAAAACCACCCUAGCGACCAUCGACACUUUAAAAUUAACCCGACAUAUUGAGGGGGGCUACUUCGUCGAAACAGACCGGGACAAGAGCCUCACGACCAAUGCCGCUGGCGAAGAGCGGUCCAUGUCGACUAGUAUCUUCUACUUCAUCACACCGAACACUCCGAUCGGGGCAUUCCAUCGUAAUGCAAGUCGUACCGUGCACACGCUACACCAGGGACGGGGUAUCUAUAUUAUUUUGGUUCCUCUGGGGCCUAAUGGCAGUUUUGAGGAUUUCCGGAUUGAGACAUUUGUAGUUGGGCAUGAUAUCGGGAAUAGGGAGCGGUUGCAGUGGAUUGUUGAGGGGGGUUGUUAUAAGGCUAGCUUCUUGGUUCCUCGGGAGAAUGAAAAGUUGGAUGAUAGUUCUGGGUUGCUUAUUAGUGAGACUGUUGUUCCCGGGUUUGAUUACAGAGAUCAUGAUUUCCUCACCACUGAGAAUUUUGAGUCUUGGGUUAGUCCGGAAUUGUUUCAGCAGCUGCGGUGGCUAGUCAGAAAAGAGUAG